AUGAAAGAGGUGGUGGCGAUGCCGAUAAGGAAAAGAAGAAGAAGUACGAAGCACCUAUUCCUUCGAGAAUCGGCAAAAGAAAGAAGGUCCCCAAAGGACAAGAGACACCAGCCAGUAAACUUCCUGGCAAUUACUCCUCAUGCCCGAUGUCGCCUGAAGCUGUUGAAGAGCGAACGAAUAAAAGAUUAUCUUUUGAUGGAGCAAGAGUUUAUUCAGAACCAGGAACGUCUCAAGCCACAGGAAGAACGUCAAGAGGAGGAAAGAACAAAGGUGGAUGAACUUCGAGGUACCCCGAUGGCUGUCGGAUCCUUAGAAGAGAUCAUCGACGACCAACACGCCAUUGUUUCCACGAACGUGGGAAGUGAACACUAUGUGAACAUAAUGUCAUUUGUGGACAAGGAACAGCUGGAGCCAGGAUGUGCUGUUUUACUCAACCAUAAGAACCAUGCUGUCAUAGGAGUACUCGCUGAUGAUACUGACCCUAUGGUUUCAGUAAUGAAGCUUGAGAAAGCACCACAGGAAACAUACGCGGACGUUGGUGGUUUAGACCAGCAAAUCCAGGAAAUCAAGGAGUCCGUUGAAUUGCCGCUAACACAUCCUGAAUAUUACGAAGAAAUGGGAAUUAAGCCACCAAAGGGUGUGAUCCUUUUACGGCUGCCCUGGAACCGGUAA